UCAAAACAUUUUCAUCCAUAUGGCUUAACGAAGAGGAACAACUUUGUAUGGAAUUUUAAUGGCUAGAUUCAAUGAGAAACGAUAGUGUUGAUCAAAAGGACAAGAUACACUACUUUACCGGAUAGAUGACUGUUUCAUUGAGCGAUUACAAGCAGGUUUCGUAGUUAUUCUAUGUGUAGUCGGUCAACAACAACAACGCCGUUGCUGGUGUCACUGUCACUGUCAGAAGAGCGUCAGAUAACAUCUGCCCCGAUCAUUCAGACGCAGGACAACACAGGCCAUGGGUGCCACGUUUAUUAUUUUGGGUACUUCAAUAUUGGCCCUGCUGCUGGCUGGUUACUUUGCUCAGAUAUAUCUUCCUCCUCCCAAACCCAAGAUAGUGGGUAUUGAUUUAGGAACGACUUACUCCUGUGUAGGAGUUUAUCAUGCUGUAACAGGUAAUGCUGAUGUUUUAGAAGUCCAGGAUGGUCAUAAAUGUAUUCCCAGCAUUGUUGCCUUCAGUGAAGAUGGUAUUGUUGUGGGAUACAAGGCUUUAGCUCAGGCAGAUCAUAACCCAAAGAACACGCUGUAUGAUGCAAAGAGGUUUAUAGGCAAACCACAUACACAAAUAGAACUCAAGGAGGCUCAGAAACAAUACUCAUUUAAGCUGGAAGCAGAUGAGUAUGGCAUGAUUCGGUAUGUUGUGUCAGUGAAUGGGACGGAGAGAAAAGUGACCCCUGAGGAGGUAGGCUCCAUCCUGUUAUCUACGCUAAAAGAGGCAGCAGAACGUAACGUGACAGUUCCUGUUACCAAGGCCGUCAUGUCUGUGCCGGCAGAGUUUGAUGACUUACAAAGAAAUUACACCAGAAAAGCGGCCAAUAUAGCUGGUCUUGAGGUGUUCAGAAUCAUCAAUGAACCCACAGCUGCGGCUCUAGCAUAUGGACUACACAAACACCCCAGCCUGCAGACAAUCCUAGUUGUGGACCUGGGAGGAGGCACGCUGGACGUGUCGCUGCUCAGUGUCCAGGGGGGCAUGUUCCUCACCCAGGCCAUGGCAGGUAACAACCGCUUGGGUGGACAGGAUUUCAACCAGCGGCUGAUGUUGUACUUAUUGGAUAUAAUCAACAGACGCUAUGGUAGAGAUCUGGUGGACAAGGAGGACUUGCAAAAUCUGCGUCUUCACGUAGAAGCUGCGAAGCUCAGCUUGACCUACAAGGACAGAGCCGAAAUUCACUUACCACUUGAAUCAUUCCCAGAAAAGACAGAAUUCAAAGAAGUUGUGACAAGGACUAAGUUUGAGGAAAUCAAUUCAGAUCUUUUCAAAAAGGUUCUGGAGCCGAUAUCAAAAGUGUUGGAGUCAGUGGAAUUACUCAAAGACGAUGUAGAUGAGAUUGUGUUAGUGGGAGGCUCAACUCGCAUUCCAAAAGUAAGGGAGAUAAUCCAGACAUACUUCAACAAAAAACCGAACACCUCAAUUGACCCAGAAGCAGCUGUGGCAGUUGGGGUUUCCAUUCAGGCAGGGAUUAUUGGUGGGAUGUGGCCUCUGACUGUCAGCGCUGUGGAGCUCCCUUCCAGAGUCCGGAAAAUACAAAUGUCUUGAUAAUAAAUUAUUUUAAAUGAUA